GGCAAUUAAGCUGAAGCCAAAGCAGUUUUCUAAAGGGAAGAAGAAGAAAAAUGGAGGUGGAGCGAGUGCAGGCCAUUGUUUCAUCGUCUCUAACCAAAGAAAACAUCCCCGAAGAGUUCAUCCGACCCGAAGAUGAACAGCCGGCGAUCACAACAUUCCAUGGUCCGAUCCCCGAUAUCCCCGUCAUCGAUUUCAGCCACCCUGAUCAGGCAGAUAUCGUCCGUUCGAUGGCCAACGCCAGCAGGGACUGGGGGAUAUUCCAGGUGGUGAACCACGGGAUACCCUUGGAUCUGAUCCAACGAUUGCAGAUGGUUGGCAAGCAGUUCUUCGAUCUUCCACAAGAGGAGAAAGAGGUGUACGCUAACACACCCGGUGCACCUUCCCUUGAAGGGUACGGAAGCAAGCUUGCCAGAGAUGUUAAUCGAAAGAAGAACUGGGUUGAUCAUCUCUUCCACAGGAUAUGGCCUCCUAACUGUAUUAACUACCAGUUCUGGCCCAAAAAUCCUCCUUCUUACAGAGAGGUGAACGAGGAUUAUGCACAGGAGAUGAGAAAGUUGGUGGAUACGCUGUUGAAAUGGCUGUCAAUGGGGCUAGGGUUUGAAGAAAAUGUGCUGAAACAAGGAGCAGGAGGCGAGGAGAUUGAGUAUUUGAUGAAGAUAAAUUAUUAUCCGCCAUGUCCACGGCCCGAUCUUACUCUUGGGGUGCCUUCCCACACUGAUAUCUCUCUCAUGACCGUUUUGGUCCCCAACGAGGUCCCUGGAUUGCAAGUCUUCAAAGAUGGCCAUUGGAUCGAAGCCGAAUACAUCCCCGGCGCCCUCAUUAUUCACAUUGGCGAUCAGAUUGAGAUACUAAGUAAUGGGAAGUACAAGGCAGUGCAGCACCGGACCACGGUGGACAAGGAGAAAACGAGGAUGUCAUGGCCGGUAUUCGUGGAGCCACCAGCGGAGUAUGUCGUCGGGCCACUUCCUCAGUUUGUUGAUCCACAAGAUCCUCCUAAAUACAAGUCCAAGAAAUACAAGGACUAUAGGUAUUGCAAACUCAACAAGCUACCCCAGUAGAUGAACCCUAAAACUUAAUUAUACUAAAUGAAUUAAUUAAGGAUUCCCUCUAACUUAA